AUGUCAGAUACGAAUAAUUCCAACGACACGGCUGGUGAGCCCCUCUCGACCAAGAACCGAGCCCUCCUAGCAGGCGCGGCAGCUAUGCAGGAUUUUGCGCCUGUGAGCAACAUCUGCGCGCACCUGAAUGCAUUUCACGUCUACGCAUCAGACACAAACCGGUUCGUUGAGGCGAACCACUACUGCGGCCACGUCAACGACGAGGUGCGUCAGUGUAUCCUGUACGACAAGCCGGGUCCCGGCGCGCGCAUCAUCGGCAUCGAGUACAUGAUCACCCCGCGCCUGUACGAGACGCUGGACCGCGCCGAGCGCCGCCUCUGGCACUCGCACGUCUUCGAGGUCAAGUCCGGCAUGCUCGUCAUGCCGCAGCCGGCGGGCUCGCUCGUGCCGGCCGCCGCUUGGGAUGCCCUCGAGAACAAGGAGAUGGAGCAGGUUGUCGAGCUCUACGGCAAGGUCUACCACCUUUGGCAGGUCGACCGCGGCGACGAGCUGCCGCUGGGAGAGCCGCAGCUCAUGACCAGCUUCACGGCGCCGGGUCAGUUUGACUUUGACAAACACGUCCGGGACAGGGAUCGGAGGUUCGGUGUCGACUAUGAGAAGAAGGCGGAGGCUAGGAAGGAUAUCCCCGAACCCCAGGUUCACCCCGAUGCUGACGCUGCGUGGCAAAGGCAAAGCUCCUGA